AUGGUUUUUAGAGGUAUUGCGGGAGAAACUUUGCUGCUGAUCGCAGUAAAUCUCUUAGCAAUAUCACUAGUGGAUGCAGUUCCCUAUGGAUACGCUAGACCUUCACCCCUAAAAGGUAAUGGUGCAGAAAAACCAUAUGAUGGCGGACCUGGACCGAGCGAUGAUGUAGGAUAUUACCAGAGUGUCAAAGAUGGACAAGAUGAAAGCAGCAAAUAUUACGGCGGUAAAAAAGAUAUGAUGCUACCCCAACCACGCGCACCUCCUAGCAGAGGAUAUGAAGCCAUUAGCAAAAGAGGCCAAAUGUCGUAUGCACGUCCGAGUUAUAGCUAG